UUAACGGGAGGAUAUUUCAUUCAAAUGGAGAUGUCACCAAUACCGGUGAAGGGCUUCAAAUUUAUGAAUAAUUGAUUUGUUUUAUAACAGAUUGAUAAUUUGUUGUAACAAAUUGCAUGAUGAUUUGUUAUAUUCCAAAUUGAUAAUUUGUUAUAAUUCAGAUUAAUGAUUAUAUAUAUUAUUUUACACAACAAAUCAUAUGAAUCUGUUUAUAACAAAUUAUUAAUUUCUUAUAACAAUGAAACGAAAAAGAAUACUGCUGCCGGCCCUAAAUAUUUCCGUAUGUUCACGAAAUCAUGUAAUCCCUUCUGGGUGCUGAGAUUUUUAAACGUGCGCAUGCGCAAAGUUUGGCGGCUGAAGAGAAAAGGUGCAAGAAACGUGUUGGAGAAAGAAAGAAAGAAUUGUGAUAUCAUUAAUUAGCAGUCAAGCAGUGAUCGAGGAUAUAUUUAAGAGCUGUAUAAAAGUUAACGUGAUUCCCCUUUGAGGACUUAAAGAAGGAUGGCGCAUUACAAGGGUGCAGCAUCGGAGGGUGGAAGAGCCCAAAUUCUGUUGAAGAAACGUCAGAAAGAGCAGGAAGAGAUUGAAACCAGAAAACGCAAAAUAGAAGAGGAACUGAAGAUCGGAAGCAUCCAGAACAAGUUUGCUUCUCAUUAUGAUGCAGUGGAGCAACAGCUCAAGUCCAACACAAUAGGUCUUGUAACACUGGAUGAAAUGAAAGCAAAACAGGAGGACGUAAUUAAAAAGAGACAGUCACAGUUAGCCAAGAAAGACGCAGAAGCGAGACUCAUAGAGAAAGAAAGACAGAGAAAAAAGAAGAAAGAACAACAAAAGAUUGCUAGUCUCUCUUUUGACCCAGAUGAAGAGGAAGACAUUGAAGAGUCCGAUGAAGAGGAAGUCGAAGAAACAGGAAAGAAAAGAAGACUUGGUAAAAAUCCAGAUGUUGAUACGAGCUUCCUUCCAGACCGAGACAGAGAGGAAGAGGAAAACAAACUCAGGGAGCAACUUCGCCAGGAGUGGGAAAAGAGACAGGAGAGGAUGAAGAAUGAGGAAAUCGACAUCACGUACAGUUACUGGGACGGCUCGGGUCACAGGCGACAGGCACGAAUGAAGAAGGGCAACAGCAUUCAACAGUUCUUACAAAAAUGUCUGGAGAGUUUGCGACGAGAAUUUAACGACCUGAAAGUUGUCUCUGUCGACCAAUUAAUGUAUGUGAAAGAGGAUUUGAUUAUCGCCCACCAUUACACGUUUUAUGAUUUCAUUGUCACCAAGGCUCGAGGUAAAAGUGGCCCUCUGUUCAGUUUCGAUGUUCACGAUGAUGUGAGAUUGGUUAGUGAUGCCUCUGUGGAAAAAGACGAAUCGCAUGCCGGGAAGGUGUGUUUAAGAUCUUGGUAUGAGCGGAACAAGCACAUAUUUCCAGCAAGUAGAUGGGAACCAUAUGAUCCGGAGAAAAAGUGGGACGAGUACACAGUGUCAGACAAAAACGCAGCCAAAAUAACCGUUAAGUGACAGCUUUUAUAACGGUUGUAUAGUACAGUAAAUGUGAUGUUAUUCAUAAGAAGGAUCGGAAAUAAAGAACAGGGUGUAUUGUGCAGUCUCAUGACACAAAAAAUCUUAAAUUGAUUUUAUCUGAAUCAGUUGAAAAGUAUGAUUCUGGAUUUUAUUGAAACUGUAUUCCUUUUAAGAACUUGUGAAUACAGCAACAUCCAUUACCAUGAAAGAUUGGGAUUUAUGUUCCAAAUUAUUUAGUAUUGUCAUGUUUUCAGUACAAUAUAAAAUGUGUUUCAUUUGUCAUGAUUUUAAAUACAUGUAUAUCUAUGAAAA